AUGGAAAGUAUGGCCCGAAUUGGCAUUGCAUUGUCGGCAAGGGCUUUGCAACUCAUGCAACCUAUGAGGCAAAGACAUCCAUGUUCUUCGUUCUCCCCCCGCUGGCGAUCUUGCUUUACAAGAUGGGGUCAACAGCUCAGAGGCUGUUGCCUUUUCUUGUUCCCGCUUGGGCCUCUUUUCUGUGGCUUCACAUAG